CUGUGUCACAGCCCUUGGGCAGAGCAGCUGGGCAGGAUGAGCUCCCUUCCGAAGAAAGCAGAACCCACUCCAAAGAUCUCCACCCUGGCCAUGAGGUCACAGAAGGCUCUGAGAUCACAGAGGUGCCAGAGCCCCGUGGUUGCAGAGCAGCACAAGGAGCCAGCAGUCAGUCCCUGAGCACAACUGUUGCGGCGGCAGCAGCAGCGGUGGCAGCAGCGGUGCUGACAUUGGGACAGCGGUGUCAGGACAGAGGUGGCAGCAAGAGCUGCGGGACUGGCAGAGGGCAAGGCAGCAUGGCCCUUGCUCUGCACCUCUUCCUCCUGCUCCUCCUGGCCGUGGCCCUGCCUGCCAGGGCUGCACAGGCUGCUCCACUCCAAGUGUGGCGAGCAGAUGAGCAUGCUAGGAAGGCUUCUCCAGCAGCUUGGCUUAAUGAUGAUUUCCAGGGUCUUAACCCUCCACCAGGUGUGUCUGCAGGAAAGACUUUUCAGGCUCCUUUCCUGGUUGCUGCACACAAGCCCCGCUCCCAUGGCAGGGGUCCUCCGAGAAGGAGGAACAAACCUGGAGGAGACAGGAAGUCCCUGGAGGCAUCCAAACACAUGCACAGGAUCUGGAGUGACCUGGAGAGACAACGUGACAUGGAAGGAGAGAGUGUGCUGACAGCUGCAUUUCCCGGAGGAAGCAGUGGCUCCAUGGCAGCCUCUGCCCCAGGAAGGGAGGCGAUGCCAGGCAAAGGCCCCGGAGACUGGGAACGUGACUUCCAUCACUGGGAAACGCUGUUAAAGCACAGUUUAAGGAUGUUGGAGCUUGGUGAUGGUGAACCUGAUGAUGAAGACAAUCCUGAUGACGAAGAUAAUACGUUUGAUGAAGAUGAUCUGGAUUCCCAAUGUGUACCCAUUACUGAGCCUCUGGGAGAUGCUGAGGGUGUGUCUGCAGGGAGGACUUUGGUGGAUGUUGCACACAAGCCCCACUCCCAUCGCAGGGGUCCUCCAAGAAGGAAGAAGAAACCUACAGGAGCUCGUAAGUCCCUGGACAUUUCCAAACAUCUGGAACAAAAACAGAGUGGCGUGGACAGCCAGCGUGAUGCAGCCGAGAACUCAACAGAUUGGAAAAGCAUGAGAAGAACUUUCAGCUCGGAAACAUCCUUUUUGAUUACGUUGAUGGCCAUUGUGGCACCUGCAGCACUGUCCCUGAUGAUGUGCUAUGCCAGAAUCUGGUAUUGCUCGAAGAGAAAACGGAGCACCUCGGGACAGGAGUUGGAAGACGGUGGCUGCACCUCACACCCAGCCAGCGUGAGCAGCUCCUCCAGCAGCAGGGACGGUCUGGACAGCCCUCUCAAGUCUUCUGUGAAGAGGACCCCAGAACAACCAACUACGAGGGAACCUCCUUUUACCCUGUAGAUCCCACUGCCACCUGCUCUCCCCAUGGGCCUCCCCAAGCUGCCUUCAUCCCUUUUUUUCUCUCCGUCUGUCCCAUCCCAGCCAACUCGAGUUCCUCUAGGGACCCCAGGACCAUCCCAGCACCUUCCAGCCCCUCCGGAGACCAACACAUCCCUUCCUCUGCCUCUGAGACCCCUGGCCUUGCCCUCUAGGAAUCACUGAAGGCGAC